CUACGUCAUCCAAUCCACUAUUGGUCCGGCUCUAGAACCUGCUUGGAACGUCAGGGACUCGAAUCUAAGGAGUAAGUGGAGAUGGCGGCGGCUGCGGCUGGUAGAGUGGUUGGGGCAAAGCUGGGUCUGCGUGAGAUUCGCAUCCACUUAUGUCAGCGCUCGCCCGGCAGCCAGGGUGUGAGGGACUUCAUCGAAAAACGCUAUGUGGAACUCAAGAAGGCGAACCCUGACCUUCCCAUUCUAAUCCGCGAAUGUUCCGAUGUUCAGCCCAAACUGUGGGCCCGCUACGCAUUUGGUGAAGAAAAGAAUGUCUCCUUGAACAACUUC